GAUGACGUCAGAGGUAAAGCCAAGAUGGCCGUUUGAGUAGAGAAUAAACCGGAGCGAUGAAGCAACAGCAGCAGCAGCAGGAUCAGCGGCGGUGCUGAGAGUUUAUAAUCUCAUAUUUAUACUUUUAUAUCAAUAAAUCUGAUAUUAAUCAGAGAGAGAAGCAGUGAAAGAUGGACCCUGGAGGAGGAUAUAUGGAUCAGAUAGAACCGACUCUGUCAGAGCUGGGGGAUGAGUUCACUCUGGGUGAUAUCGACGAGAUGCUGCAGUUCGUCAGUAAUCACUCGGAGUUUUCCGAUAUCUUUGAUGAGCCCAUGCAGACCGGACCAGGAGACCCCAUACAGCCUACCAGCGCCACCAUCAUGACCACCGCUCCUACUGUAGUGGCCACGCCCACCACCCAUACCUUUGUACAGAGUGUGGCAAGCAGAUAUCAGAGCCGAACAGCACCGCUGCUGCAGCCACGCCCACAACCACAAAAACACAUACAGGUUGCAGCAUCUCCACUUCCUCUUCAGACUCGGACGUUAGCGAACUUUCCCAUGCAGACGCAGACGCUGCAGACGCAGACACAAACGGUGAUGAUCGCUCCCACCGUGGCGCAGUCCAGAUUUAUCCAGAACCCCGUCAUCUGCCACCAGAACACCCACCCGACCUUCCAAGUGCUCCAGCAACAGGUGCCGAGCAUCAUGACCUCACCGCAGGUUCAACCAAUGACGAUCCAGCACCAGCGUGUGCUAACUCCUGCUACUCAAACCAUCCAGACCAUCUCUGCAGCGCCCACUGCUGUCCACACUGUAACACCACAGAUGCAGCAGGUCCCGCUCUUGUUGCACCAGCCACAGAUCCUGAAGACGGACUCUCUGGUUCUGACGACCAUGCAUAACCCGACUGGGAUCACAACGCUGACCACACCCAUACAGACGGCUGUACAGCUUCCAACUCUGGUGGGCAGUAACAUCCUCACCACCGUCCCGGUCAUGAUGAGCGGCGUCGACAAGCUCCCCAUCAAGCAGCUCCCCUCGGCGCACGCCCACACCGCGAGCGUGACCAGGGUGGGCUUGGAACAGACCUCUCCGGUCGGCAUGGGGACAGAAGGUCCAGUAAAGGAGGGAGAGAAGAGGUCGACCCACAACAUCAUCGAGAAACGAUACCGCUCGUCUAUCAACGACAAGAUCCUGGAGCUGAGGGACCUCGUCAUGGGCAACGACACCAAGAUGCACAAAUCAGGCGUGUUGAAGAAGGCGAUCGACUACAUCAAGUACCUGCAGCAGGUGAAUCAGAAGCUGAGGCAGGAGAACCUGGUACUGAAGAUGGCCAGUCAUAAACACAAGUCGGUGUGUGUGGUGGAUGACGUGAACGUUAUGACUCCUCCAGCGUCCGACUCCGGUUCUGCUUCUCCUCAGUUCAGUAUCGAUUCGGAACCCAACAGUCCGCUGAUAGAGCCGGUGAAGAGUGAGCCCAACUCACCCCCCUCCUCGGUGGGUGUGAUGGAUCGGUCCAGGGUGCUGCUGUGUGCUCUCACCUUCCUGUGUGUGUCUCUGAACCCUCUGCCUUCUCUCGUGGGCUCCGAUCAAUACAGCGCCUCCUCGUGGGCUGGAGGAGAAGCGCACCUUCCCACUCGCUCACUGGUCUGGCUGCCUGCACAGACGCAGAGCUUCGGAGCGUGGCUGUGGUGUGUGUUGCCCUGGGUGGUGGUGUGGGUGUUGAGCGCAGUGGGCGUGGUUUGGGGCUGUGUACGGAUCCUGUAUCUAUGGGAACCGGUCACGCGCCUCCACUCGCCCACCUCCGUCCUGUUCUGGAGGCACCGAAAACAAGCUGACCUGCAGCUGCAGAGGGGUGAUUACGCCGCGGCGGUGAGCAGUCUGGAGACCUGUCUGUCCGUCCUGUCCCGAGCUCUGCCCUCCUCCGGCUUCGACCUGGCCUGCUCCCUCUCCUGGAACCUGAUUCGCUACUGUCUGCAUCGGCCCACCCCCCUGGGCUGGCUGGUGCGCCUGAUUGGUGGCAGGCACGGAGGGGAGGAGUCUCAGAUCAGCUCCAGGGACGCAGCUCUGGUCUACCAUCAACUGGGCCAGCUGCAGCUCACGGGUAAGGCGUCGGGGCGCGGUGCCAUGUGGGCGGUGUGUGUCUGUCUGAACGCUGUCAAUCUGAGCGAGAGUGCAGGAGGGAAGAUGGCACCUACUGAGCAUGCUCAGAUCUACAUCACCACCGCCAUCGCGCUUCGCAGAACUGCACUGGCAAGGCAACUCAGCUUCCUAGCUUCCUACAUGCUGAGCUGUGCCGAGAGCUCAUAUCCAGACGCUAAAGCACCCGACAGUCUGCGCUGGCUCUUCACCCCGCUGGCUAGACAGUUCUUCCUGAGCUGUGAUUGGUCGGUAAAGCCCGAAGGCGAAGGAGCGUUCACGUCCGAGAGAGACCCAGUUGAUCCUGUUGCUCAGCUACACCGGCGUUUCUGUGAGAAGCUGCUAGAGAGAGCGGUACACACUCUCCUCCAACCACACACUGAUCCAGAGACCAGAGACCACAAGAAGGACAGCGGAGAAUUCAGUGGGGUUCUGGAGUUUCUGCAGCUGCUGAACAGCUGUACUGAUGACUCCACCUCUCAGACUCCACCUUUCCCAGCUCCGGCCAAUCAGAACUCCACCUCAGUGUCGGAUCCGGUGUGUCGCUGGUGGGCGUCGGUCCUGAAGGCUGCUGUUCAUUGGCUGCAGCGUGAAGAACCCGCUGUGAGGUCACUGCUGGCGGAGGCAGAGCGAAUGCCGCGAGCGCUGCACUCUCUUGACCACCCGUUGCCGAAGGCCGUGCUGGCCCUGUGUAAAGCCGUACAGAUGAGUGUGUGUCCACAGAAGGGCGAGGACACGCUGAGCUGCCUCACACACUGCAACCGAGCCAGCGCUUACCUGCACAACAGCAUCACACACACACCCACGCACACCUGGCUGCAUAAGGGGGCGGAGCUUCUGGUGUGUGACCUCCUGCUGACCUUGAGGACCAGCCUAUGGCAGCGCGGCUCCGUGGCUAAUGGAGAGCCAGGACCCGCCCCCUCACCCCAGCUGGCUGGAUUCCAGAGAGACCUGAGUUCUCUGCGUAAACUGGGACAGGGGAACGCACAGGCCCAGCACAAGGUGUUUCUACACGAGACCACAGUGAGACUGAUGGCGGGCGCCAGUCCCACCCGUACACACCAGCUACUGGAACACAGCCUGCGCAGACGCUCACACUCAUAUAAAGAUGGAGUGUGCGUUCCAGGCGAGCGUGAGCGCGCUCAUGCCAUCAUGCUGGUGUGCCGUCACCUGCCCCUCCCCCUGCACCGUACACACCUGCUGGCCCACGCCAAACUCACCCUGCAGAGAGUGGGCGACAUACACACACUGCACGCCAUCGCUGCCUCAUAAACACACACACACAACACACACACACACCGCUGGGAACACGGUGUAAGGAACAACCGUACAUAUUCAGAUGGUGGACAAAAUAACGGAAACACUUAAUAAACGAGAGCAGUUUCAAACAGCACGAGGCAACCAACCGAGUUCCAACAGGAAGAGCUGGUGGAUGGAACAGUGGGUGCGAGUGGAGGCUCACUAACAAAAACACAAGGUGCUUUACAGGGCUCCUUAAUAAAUAGCCUGAAACUGAUCAGGCACCUCUGUGACCCAGUCUCAGCCGGCAGUGUACAGCAUGUGCUUCACAAAACUGAAAUACGUGGAAACGCCGGAGGCAAAACCUGGACCCCUGAGCAACGAGGAACAGAUGUAAUGAGACCAGAUUUGCUACAUCUGCAUUGAUCUAUCAUCUGCUUUACUUGCUGUCUCAACAAAUAGAAUAUGGUUUACCGGACCAGGUGCACCCUAUGGUGCAAACUCUCUCCUCAAUAGUGGCAUGAUGAACAUUGUGUUUACCACUGUAUGAUCCUGGUCAGGGUUGGCGAGGGUCAGUCUUUCCCAGAAUCACUGGGCGGCGUGUUAGAUCACUCCCCGGCCCUGCCAGCUAGGCGAGAUAGCAUCGCUGGGGAUUCGAACCCUGGAGUCCAGCAGUCGUAGGCUAGUGGAAUUCACUGUAUGUGUCUUAAACAUCUGGCAGAGUGCAGACUGUAAGGUCCCUUGGUGAAUGCUAUUCCGAGACCAACACAGAGGCAAAUGAUGCACCGCUUUACCCUUCGUCACCUGUGUUCAAUAUAUGGGCUGUUUCUAAUAUUUUGUCCACCAUCAGGAUAUUUUCUAUUUCAACACACACACACACACAACUAGUUGUAUAUAUAAAUGUACAUAUAAUGUAGAGAUGAAUGUCUUAAAUAAAGGAAGGGGGGAUGGUGUAACCAGGGCAGGACGUAUGGGGGUGGGAUGGAUGAGGGGUGUACAGGUAAAAUACUGAUUCAUACUCUCUCAUAUAUCUUUUAAUUCUCUUUUAUUUCUUUUUUUAUUCUUUUAUCUGUCCGUCUUUUUUAAUGGAACUGUAAUGUAACUUCUGUUUAUUAAAGUCUUUGUUCGUCUCCGG